AUGAUUUCUUUUUUCGCUUCGAUUUCAUUCCUUCUUCCUCUCUUGUACAUAUUCUGCUUAUUGCUAGUACGCGCGCAAAACCACCCUAUCGACAGGAAUAUGACCAGAUUGAUCAAAGUGCAACACACUAUCCGUAGACAUUAUGAAGACGCCUCUUAUUAUGUCGCCGUGUCUGAAAGUUAUCAACAGACAGAAAACACACGGUGGAUCUCGAUGAGCUGGAGGGAGGGGGAUUUGUUUUCGAGCAACUCAAUACUGUGUCUUCUUGACUACCAUAUCAAUCGGCAGACCAAGCGAAGCAGGCACAACAGGCUGCCUUAA